AAAUAUAUGUUAGAGGUAUAUGAUAUAAACAUUUAAGGUAUUCGGCUUGUCAUUACUACGUCAUUGUCUACGUCAUUAUCGAAGUCAUCAUUGAGUAUAUAAGUCAGACAGUCGGUUUAGAAAUAGCAGUAUCUUCAGAACACGACGAACCUAACAGUGUAUAUUCUAUAUAUAAAGUAUGGACGGUUCUUCCUGCGUUAGAAAUCGGGACCGAUCGAGACCGAUUUUGCGCGUGAAACAAGGAGAAGUGCAAGGAAUCCUUGAAGAAAAUGUCUUUGGUUCGCACGAUUAUUACUCUUUCAAAGGCAUUCCUUUUGCUGCUCCACCAGUAGGCCCAUUGAGGUUUAAGGAUCCCGAACCUCCUGCGUCCUGGGAAGAUGUUCGAGACGCUUCCAAAUGUGGCGAAGUUAGUGCACAGUUGUACCCCCCAAUACCGCCAUUGCAACCGUCACUUGACAAAGUGGUUAUUGGCCAGGAAGACUGUCUUUAUCUUAAUAUUUAUGUACCGUACAAUAUUUAUACGAAAAAUGGAAAUCCUGUUAUGGUUUGGAUUCACGGUGGAGGCUAUAUUUUUGGUACUGGCAACGAUAGUCAGGACAAACCUGAUUACCUUAUGGCAAAAGAUGUCAUUUUAGUGACUAUAAGCUAUAGACUUGGUGCUUUGGGUUUCUUGAAUCUUGGUCACGAAGAAGCAAGCGGAAACCAAGGUUUGAAGGAUCAAGUUGCCGCAUUAAAAUGGAUCAAGGAAAAUAUCGAGGUUUUUAGCGGAGAUUCAAACAAUAUCACUGUUUUUGGCGUCAGUGCAGGUAGCAUUUGCACGCAUCUCUUAACAUUGUCAUCGUUAUCUAAAGAUCUCUUCCACAAAGCUAUUCUUCAGAGUGGUGUAAGUACAUGUGAUUGGGCGAUGAUGAACCUGCCAGGAGAUAACCCAACAGCCAAUUCUUUUAAGCUUGCGUCAAAACUUGGCAACGAUUCCACGGACCCUGCAACAGUUAUUAAAUUUCUUCGAGAAAAAGUUUCUGUCGAUGAAAUCAUUCAAAAGCAAUAUGAAGUUCUCAUUCCAGAGGAAGCAUUUACUCGUUUUGUCCCAUUUGGACCUACAAUUGACGAUAAAGCAAAAAAACCUUUUCUUCCACGUCCCGUCUCUGAGUUACUUGACAACGACAAUAAUAUACCAAUCAUAGUUGGUCAUACUUCUCACGAAUAUAUCUUUUUUUAUACAGGUUUAGCCGCCGCUCCAAAUGCUUUAAACACUUGGUAUGCGUCUCUACCACUACUCGUAAAAAAUUUUAAAAAAGCGCAAGGAGAAAUAACUGACUCUGAAACAAUAAAUAACUUGACAACAUGUGUUAAACGCCGAUAUUUUAAUAAUGUUACUAACUUUACUCAAAAGAGUAUCCCAUCUCUUAUACGAUUUCUGAGUGACGAGCAUUUUACACGUCCCAUUAAAGAUUUUGUGGAUAGACGAAGGAAAACAAAGCAAGCACCGACUUAUUUUUAUAACUUUUCUUACAUUGGCAAUCAGAUGACUCUGGCAAAGGCUAUGGGGAAUACAUUGACUGCACUCGGUGCUUCUCAUACUGAUGAUUUGGCAUACCUUUUUUACGAGCCGAUUUGUAAAAACAAUGAUCCUAACGGCAAGGAUCCGCCGGCAAUAGGUACAAACGAUCGAAAAAUAUUAGAAAUUCUUACGAGAAUGUGGACCAAUUUUGCAAAGACGGGAGAUCCUACAUCAGUGUUAGAUAAGUAUGUAACUACUACUUGGCGACCAGCAACAGCAAAUAACUUUCAUCGCUUGAACAUUGGCGAUGUUACUGUCCAACUUGCACACAUUUCGAACUGUGAAAGAGUAGAAGAGUGGGAGAUAUGAAAAUUUUGCAAACGCUGGUAUAUUGAUUAGUGUGAAACUUUCAAAACAAGUUUUUAAAAUAUGUAUUAUGCUGUACUUAAUUAACGUUUAAUUUA